UCGGAUUUUCUUAUUAUUUUUUUCUUUACACCUUUUCAUCCAUUGUUUGUAUUUUCAGAACUUUGGGUUAAUAUUGACCCAUGGUUCGGAUAACUUUUGAACUGUAGCUAGGGACGCUGUGUGCCGAAAAAUUACAAAUAUUUUAAUUCCAAACACAAGAAUGAAUCCAGAGCAACAACUUCACUUGGCAGUGAAGGAGAAAGAUAUUAAAAAGAUUGAAGAGUUGUUAAAAACUGGUGUUGACAUAAAUUGUUUGUUUUAUGGAUGGACUCCCCUACAGUAUGCUGUGAGCCAAGGCCUGGAACAGGUGGCAUUGUUAUUAAUAGAUAAAGGGGCAGACAUAGAAAAGAUCCAUCAUAAAACGGAUGGCUGUCCUUUAGAAGGUGCUAUUAAAAAGAGAUUACCAAAGGUGGUGAAGGUCUUGCUUGAUAAAGGUACAGAUCCUAACAAAAUUCUCAGUGAUGGAAAUCCGGCAAUAUUUACAGCAGUAGAAAAAGAAUAUACUGAUAUUUUGAAAAUUCUUUUAGACGGUAAAGCUGAUCCAAACUUACUCAACAAAGCAGGAGAGUCAGCCCUAUUUGUUUCAAGUCGAGACGGGAAGUUCAAGCUUGUACAGGUGUUAAUUGAAGGGGGAGCUGACAUGGACUUCAAGUGUGCGGGAUCUGGGAACCAGACUUCUUUAAUCAUAGCUACAGCAAAUGAACAGAAUAAUGUUGUCAAACUUCUCUUAAAGAAUCGGUGCAAUAUCAACCUACAGGAUAAUGAUGAGUGGACGGCCCUGUGGCAUGCAUACAGCAACAGUGAUGAGGAUAUGAUGAACUUAUUAUUAAAAUCAGGGGCAAAUAAAGAAAUUCCUGACAGUGACGGACGCACAUUAUUACAAGAUGCUCAAGAAAAUGACGACGACAGUGUAGUGGAGUUACUCCAAAGAUUCACACGAUCGUGGACAAAUACUACUUGAACACCCGACAUGGAGAUUAGCCUAUCUAUUGGUUUUAAAGGGAUCAGAAUUUUCUACAAUUGUUAAGAUAGCAUGUUCAAUUUGUCAUGUUUUUUUUGUAACAUGUUAACUUUUAAAGAUCUGUUAGAUGAAUUUCAGUAGCCUGUACAAAAUACCUGCUGGUUGAUGGUUCUCAUGAGGGUUUUGUUUGAACAUUUUUGAAAAAACUUAAAUUUAUUUGAUAUCUAAAAGUUUUAUGUAAUUUUAAAAUUUUAGUCCCUUAGUACAAGCCAUAUAGGUGUAAUAUUAUAAACCCACAUAUAUUUGACUCACAGUGUAAAUGCUUGUCAUAUGAAAUUACGUAUAAGUACAAAUGUACAGCCCAUAUAUAUCAAAUAUUUAUUUUUUAACUGUUCGAGCACCAUAUACUAUAAAAUAGUUGUAUGAUAAUCAAUAAAAUAUGGGGCUUUGUUGGUGAGAUAUGGUUUAUAUUAUUCACUACUCAUAGGAAAUCUUACUGUUUCCCUUAAAAUUACAUCAGACAAAACCAUAAACUUGAAAUAUAUCGCACUUUAAAGGGACUCAACUGCAGUUUUUUGGCAUGUGAAAACUAAAGAAAAUUUUUUUCAAGAUUUUUAUAUUGUUUGAUAUCAGUCUGGACCAAGAACUUGUAUUCAAAAUUUCAGGCCGUUAGCUCAGUUUGUUUUUUAUUUCCAGAAUAAUUAUUUUUAGGCACAAAAUGACCCAAUUAAUAAAAUUUGAUUUUCUACAAAGAAAACAGUUGUGCAGUAAUAUAAAUUCAACAUAAAGACUUUGAACAGGUUAUAUGGCUGUGCAUAAACAUGUGAAUCAUAAAAACAUUUCUUUAAUGGCUUGGGUUAGCCAUAUAAAUCCUCACUUAUUUGUUUUGGUUAACCAUAUAAACCCUGCCUUAAUGGCUUGGAUUAACCAUAUAAACCCUGCCUUAAUGGCUUGGGUUAACCAUAUAAACCCUCCUUUAAUGGCUUGGGUUAACCAUAUAAACCCUGUCUUAAUGGCUUUGGUUAACCAUAUAAACCCUCCCUACUUGGGUAAACCAUAUAAACCCUCCAUUAAUGGUUUGGGUUAACCAUAUAUGCCCUCCCUUAAUGGCUGGGGUGAACCAUAUAAACCCUCCCUUAUUGGCUUGGGUUAUUUAAUGUCACAAUCAUUUUCACUGAGCCAUAUUACCUGGCAAAAAUCUUUAUUUCCAACUAUAUACUCAUUAUUUUUCACUUUAUUUUGUGUAUUAAAUAUGCUUUUAUUUUGUGUAUUUUAUAUGCUAGUGUUCAAAUAUUAUUAUGGUAAUAGAUUCAACUAAUCUUCAUGUUUUUGUAUGAUCUAAUUUUGUCCAUUUUGUGUACAAUGGUUUUUGUGGAUAGUAAUGUAACAUAUAGUUUAAAUGUUAGAAAGUUACAUUCAUAUUUGAAGAAGAAAAGUUUAUUGAGAUUUACAUAUAAUGUGGUGGAAAGGAGAAAGUGAACACUUAUUUAGGUUUAUUUAUUUAAUUUGUCAAGUUAUUUGCUCACAACCCUGCUCUUUUUUUAUGUGAAAGUACUCUUAUAUUUUGCAUGCCAAUAGAUUUUAGUGUCCAGCUAUGGAUAGAAUUUUUAAUUGCCUAACUGUAUGUAGAGUGUACAUGUACUAGAUUACAGCUGUCCUUCAGUUUCAACUGCCUGGCUGUGCUUAGAUUUUCAAAUUUUUAUGUACUAAUGGUUGUGCUUAGAUUUAUAAAUGAGCUGCUCCAUGUCAAAACGAACAUAGUGCAUUUGUGACCCACAUGGCUCCAGGCCGGCCUGUGCAACCGUGCAGUCUGAUCAGGAUCAAUGUUGUUCGCUUUCAUACCCUGUUAUUAGUGGAGAAACUGAUAGCGAACAGCAUGGAUCCUGAUCAAACUGCGCAGAUGUGCAGGCUGGUCUGGAUCCAUGCUGGUCGCAAACACACUAUGUUGGUUUUAUAUUAGAAAUAGUCUUAGUUUGUACAUCUGUCCCAAUUUUGUCCAGAACAUAACUACAAAACUAUUUGAGUGAUUUUCUUCAAACUUUAUUCACUGACAGACCACACUUGGAGGAAGAGCAGUGUUCAAGAACAAUAACUCUAUCUUGCCUACUUGAAGAGUUAUUCCCAUUUAUUAGAUUUAUGUAAUAAGCUUUGUCCGAAUCAUAAGUACCAGAGGGAUUUUCUUCAAAAUAGAGCCUUGUAUCCAUACAGGCUGGCCGGGCUCUGUUCCCAUGGUGAGGACUUAUCACUUUAGUUCCAACAUAAAAUUGUAAGUGAAAUGGUAAAGCAUAUAAAAAGUUUGCAAAAUUU